UAAACAGUCGCCAUUUGUAGAAACUGGAGAAAGAGGAAAAAUCGAGAAAAGCAUUGGGAUUCAUUUCUAGACGUUUCUUCAUGAAACGGUCAGAUCUCAUUUCCGAUAAGACACCGAUGUAAUUCUGAAAUAUCCCGCUCUAAAAAUCAACCCUGCUGUUAAAAACAUAAAAAAAGAGAAGAUGUUUGGAGUAAUUAGUGUAAACUGCGCGUAGUUUGGCCGGGUAGCGAUACCGUUAGCUUUAGCAUCCCUGGGCCUGGUGUGUUGUUAGCUUAGCACUUUUUCACCUUCAGCACUUCAGCUAUUUGGCUUUAUUCUUCUUCUUCUUCUUCUUCGUUUUAUUUUUCUUCUGAAAAAUGAUAAUUGAAAACCUCGAUGCCUUGAAGACGUGGCUCUCCAAAACCCUGGAACCAAUAUGUGACGCUGACCCGUCUGCGCUCGCUAAAUACGUGGUGGCCUUGGUGAAGAAGGACAAGUCGGAGAAGGAGCUGAGAGCACUAUGCAUAGACCAGUUGGAUGUAUUCCUCCAGAAGGAGACUCAGAUGUUUGUGGAUAAACUUUUUGAAGCUGUGAACGCAAAGAGCUACCUACCUCAGGCUGAGACGCUGAGCUCCGCAGGCAGGACCGAGAGCCACACACGCGCCGACAAAGACGAGCUGAAGAAAGAGGAGCUGAGUCGGGAUGAUGAACGGGAGAAGAAGUUCUCCAGAAGAGUGAACCACAGCCCUCAGUCCAGCUCACGUUACAGCCGAGACAGCAGGAGGAGUGACGAGCGUAAGAAAGACGAUCGGUCCAGAAAGCGAGAGUACGAGCGUCCUCCGCCCAGACGUGACUCAUAUCGUGAACGCUACAACCGACGCAGGGGGCGGAGCUACAGCCGUAGUCGGAGUCGCAGCUGGAGCAAAGACAGAUUGCGAGACCGCGAUCGAGAAAGAGAGCGAGACCGAGAACGUGAGAGGGAGCGGGAACGCAGCAGGACGCGCUCUCGUAGCCGCUCCAGGUCUAGGAGUCGAGACAGGGAAUCUGGAAAACCAAAGUAUGACCACGAGCGGCCAGAGGGCGGCGCCACCGAGGCCUACGUACCCCCACCCCUCGCCUCUGUUCCUAGCUCCUCCCACUUCCCUGUACCCGCCCUCAGCAGCACCAUCACCGUCAUCGCUCCCACUCACCAUGGCAACAGCACCACAGAGAGCUGGUCUGACUUCCACCAGGACCACGUCCCUUACGGCAGAGCGGCUCCGCCCCCUUCACGCAAACGUUGUCGUGACUACGACGAGAAAGGUUUCUGUAUGCGAGGCGAUAUGUGUCAGUUCGACCACGGCAGCGAUCCAGUGGUGGUGGAGGACGUCAACCUUCCCAGCAUCCUCCCGUUCCCGCCUGCACCACUUCCUGUCGGGGAUGGUCAGCCCCCUCCAGGUCUGCCACCGCCACCUCCCGGUCUACUCCCUCCUCCACCGGUUAACCUCCGCCCCCCUGUUGCACCAGGCAGCCUCCCACCUGUCGCAGGUCCUCCUCCACCUCUCCCAGCACUGGAUGCUCCUCCAAACUCCAUGACCAGCUCCGUCCCCUCCAUCGUCUCCACGUCUCGUCCUCUACUCCCUCAGCCUCCGCUUCACCUGGUGACGUCAGGCAUCCGACCCCCGCUCUCACAGCCGCUGCCUCCCCUCUUCACCUCGGGUAAUCACUCUAACCGCUAUUCAUUCGAACCGGACAUGUACAACCCCGAGGCUCCUAGUCUGAACUCUCGCCCUGCGUAUAGACCCCGGGUCAACGUGCAGAGGCCGAACCUCAUCGGGCUCACUAUGGGAGAAGUGGAUCUUCCUCCACGAGAUAAAAUGCUGAACAGCAAUACUGCACGGAUCGUGUUGGAAUCAGACUCCAGGAAGAGAGGGGCGGGGCAUCAUGAUGGGGGACUUCCUUCUAAAAAACCCUGGUUUGAUAAGCCGAACUUCAACAAGCCCAACCAUCACGGCUACCAUAAUAAGAAAGUGCCGUUUCCGCUGCCGAACACUAAGCUGGCCAUCCGGCAGAUUCCCCCAGAGCUGAACAACAUCAGCAAGCUCAACGAGCACUUCAGCAAAUUCGGGAAAAUCGUCAACCUUCAGGUCGCCUAUAACAAUGACCCCGAGAGUGCUCUGAUCCAGUUCGAGUCUCCAGACGAAGCGAAGCGCGCUAUGCAGAGCACCGAGGCCGUCCUCAACAACCGAUUCAUCAGAGUGCACUGGCACAGAGACGACGGGCUGCUUGGCACGCCGUCACACACCCUGCUCAACGUGAGCGUACAGCAGCCUGAAGCCACCAGUCUGAAGCAGUCGGUGAAAGACCGUCUCGGCCCCCUGCCCUCUAACAGCGCAGAGCCGCUGCACGACGCCACGCCUCCGUCACAGUCUUCCCAGAGCGCCGCCCGAUCCUCAGUAAAGGACCGGCUGGGCUUCUCUAAACCGGCGCCGGCUGAAGGAAAGGUCUUCUCCACCUCCACCGGACUCACGAAGACGUUUUAUAACCCGGCCGCGCUGAAGCCGGGCCAGAAGGGCGCGAUGACUGGGACGGCCCCCGGCGCCGAGGACGCGCUGAAGAAGAAGAAGCAGGAGGCGCUAAAACUCCAGCAGGACGUGAGGAAGAAGAAGCAGGAGAUUCUGGAGAAGCACAUCGAGACACAGAAACUGCUGAUUUCUAAGCUCGAGAAGAACAAGUCGAUGAAAGCCGAGGACAAAGCUCAGCUGAUGCAGACACUCAACGCUCUGACAAACAGCAUCAGCAAACUGCAGGAGGAGAUCAAGGGCCUGUCCGGCACACGCCCACUGCAUAGCGGCAUCAAAACCAAGGCCCAGGCUCAGAAGGAGUUGUUGGACACCGAACUCGAUCUGUACAAGAAAACACAAGCCGGAGAGGACACUGCUCAGCUCAAACUCCGAUACACACAGCUGCAGCUUGAGGCAGCUAAGCGGGGCAUUCUGACCCCAGGGCGAGGGAGGGGGGCCCAAGCCCGGGGUCGGGGGUCAGCACGGGGACGUGGUCGGGGCAUUAGAGGCAGACCAAGAGGGGCUCCUACCCACUCCGUGGUGGAUCAUCGACCCCGUGCUCUGGAGAUCAGCGGCUUCACCGAGGCAGACCGAGUGGAUCUGCUGCCGCACUUUGCUCAAUUUGGUGAAAUUGAGGACUGUCAGAUGGAGGACUCCAGCCUCGGUGCCAUCAUCACCUUCAGAACCCGAACAGAGGCAGAACAGGCUGCGGUUCAUGGCGUCAGGUUGAACAAUCAGGACCUGCGUCUGUCCUGGUACAAACCAGCCAUCCCUCUAAGUGCAGCCGACGCCGACGAGGCCGAGCCCGAGGAAGAGGAGUUCCAGGAGGACUCCCUGGUGGACGACGCGCUGCUACAGGACGACGACGAGGAAGAAGACGACAACGAGCCACGCUCCUGGCGAAGAUGAAGAUGUCUCUCGGCCUAGCUCCACCUCCACCUUCGCAUCACUUCCUGUUUUUCAUUUCAUUUUUUUUUUUGUUUAAAUGGUUGUUUUUAAUUAAAAGGCUGUUUUGCCAUGAGUAUGCCAUUCAUGUUUUAUGCAUUAGCAGUAACACCGAGCCGACGUCUCAGUCGGCACGGUCCAGAUUUUCUUUUUCACAAAAAAAAAAAAGACAUUGAAUUACCUUUCAUCGAAUCUGGUCUAUUAUGAGAAGCCACGUUUAAAAAAAACACAGAAAAACCGGGUACGAUAACUAACUUUUAAUUUCAAAGAGCAUGUUGGGGUUACAUGUAAUGUCUUCAUUUAGCACAGUUAGCCUUUUGAGCUAGUUUGUGUACAUAUUUUAUGUAUGAGUUUUAAUGGUUUGUAUGACUGCUUUGCUUCUCCCGGCUUAUUCUGAAAUGUCAAAAAAAUAAAGAAUUGAAAUGGUCUAGGAAAAAAAAUCAGCCGAAAAAAAAAAAGAAGCAGAAAAAAAAAGAAACGCAAGCUGCUGCUGCAGCACUGGUUUAAAAAAAAGAAAAAGAAAAGAAAAAAAAAAGGCUGAAAAUAUAAAGACCAUUUCAAAACAAAACCCCCACCCCCAA